AUCGUUUAUUUUCGUCAGCGUCUCGUCGUUACAUUUUCCUCGAAUAAUUUUUCACGAUACUGUCUUUCCAAAGAGCCAGAAAAAUUCGAGACUGUCACUUCUACGAUUACGAUUGUGAUCGAAAUUCAAUGAUUGAAUGUGAAAUUCUACCUGUAAUUAUCGUGAGAUUAAUCGGCCGAAAAGUUCGUUAUUUGAAUGGGCUUUUGAAUUGCUGAGGAGUGGGAUCUUCAAGUGCUGGGAAUGAUAAUUUGCUUAGAAGGAUUCAUUGCAUGGACAUCGCGGAUACGCGGCAAUUUCUAUGAUUUCAGUGCAAUUGAAAGCACGUUCGCGAGAUUUCGUAGUGCCUCCCGCUAAUAAUUCGAAUGCUACACGAUAGAUCGACUCGUUAAGUCGAGCUGAACUGGUUGGAUGCCAUGCUGACGCCGUCCGUGUAUUCCCGCCAACGAUGUCAGUUUGCUAACCUCGAAUCGUGAACCGGUGAUUACAGCCGGGUACAUUCUGAUCGUUCGUCAGAUUUCACGGAAUUUCCUUUCGAUAUGGCUAGUGCUAUGCAAAAAAAUAAGGACACCUCCGCGGAGGAUACGAGAGUCUUGGAGAACAUGGGAUGUGACGUAGACGAAGAAGGUGGUUUGAGAGUAGACGACGAGAUAUAUUUCCCGCCACCACCAACAACCUUCUGUGAAGCCGACACAAAUGAGCCUAGACUUAUGAUAAGCAAAAUUGUCAAUAAGAACUUCAAGAGCUAUGCUGGCACGCGAAUCGUUGGACCUUUUCACAAGCACUUCUCAGCUGUAAUAGGUCCUAACGGUAGUGGCAAAAGUAAUGUGAUAGACUCGAUGUUGUUUGUAUUUGGAUACCGUGCUAGUAAAAUAAGAUCAAAGAAGAUAUCAGUUUUAAUACACAAUUCCAGUCAAUAUACAAAUAUAAAUAGCUGUACUGUCUCGAUACACUUUCAUAGGAUCAUUGAUGAGCCUGAAGAUGACUACAAGAUUAUUCCAAAUAGCGAAUUUGUUAUAUCUAGAACAGCAUUUAAAGAUAAUUCAUCAUACUAUGAACUCGACAAAAAGAAAGUGCAAUUUAAAGAGAUUUCAAAACUUUUGAGAUCUUAUGGAGUUGAUUUAGAUCAUAAUCGGUUCUUGAUAUUGCAGGGCGAAGUUGAGCAGAUCGCUUUGAUGAAGCCUAAAGGACAAAAUGAGCAUGACACAGGCAUGUUAGAAUAUUUGGAGGAUAUAAUUGGCACCUUCCGUUACAAGGAACCACUAGAGAAAUUAACGGAAAAGGUCGAAACGUUAACCGAACUUAGAGCGGAAAAGUUGCAUCGUCUCAGAAUUGUACAGAAGGAAAAACAGGCUUUAGAGGAGCCUAUGCAAGAUGCGGUGCAGUACCUGAAAACUGAGAAUGAAAUAAUCAGUUUGCGGCAUCAGCUUUACCAUUGCGAAAGACAUGACGCGGUGACAAAGCUUACCAAGAAUACAGCGAUAAACGAUAAUUUGGAUAAGGAGGUAGCCGAACUGGAAGGUGAGAUGAAGAGCGUUCAUAAACAAAAGGAGGAGAAGAUCAAAGUCAUUAGAGAAAAGAGUAAGAAGUGGGAUAAUUUGCAACAACAGAAGGAUGAAGCCACAUCGAUGUUCAACAAAGUGCGCAAGGAGGACGAGUCGCUGCACGCUGAGCUAGUCGAGACGAAUAAACGACGAAAAGCUCACAUGGCGACCAUCAAGACUGAGAAAAGCAAAAUGGAGGAAUUGUUGAGGGUACCGGAGAAGAAUACGGAGGAUAUCAAGGAGUGCGAGCGUCUGAUUGAAACAUACGCGACUAACAAAGAGAAAGAAGAGGAAUCGUUGGCGACUUUGAUGACGAAACUGGGAGAGAAGACGAAGCCGCUGCUAAAUGAUCGGUCGAAUUUGGAGAAGAAACUGAUAUCGUUGCGGAAGAAUGUGGAUCAGGCAAAAGCGACACACGAUAUCGCGCAGUCAGAGCUAGAACUGUACACUUCAGUAGAGAAGGUGGAGAGAGAGAAGUUAAGCUCGCUCCUAGAAUCCAUAGAAAGGAACGUGAGCACUCUUGAAGAACGACAGCAACAACUGGCACUGUUUGAUACGAAAAUCCCAGCUACCGAGCGCAGUCUGCAGCAAGCGCAUGACGAGAUGGAACAAGCGAAGGUGUGCGAAAUCGAGAAGACCGCCCAGUUGAAGAAAUUGCGAAUUUCUUUCGAGGAGCAGCGGUCCUGUAUGCAAGCCAGCAGAUCGCGAAACUGCAUUUUGGACUCCUUGAUGCAGGAGAAGCGAGAAGGGAGGAUACCCGGAAUAUUCGGAAGACUGGGCGACUUGGGUGCCAUCGAUGCGAAAUAUGACGUCGCGGUGUCGACAGCGUGCGGCCCGCUGGAUAACAUCGUCGUGGACACGAUGGCUACAGCACAGGCGUGCGUCACAUACCUGCGGCAGCAUGACAUAGGACGUGCCACGUUUAUACCGUUGGACAAGCAGCAACGAUUCCUGUCCAAAUGUAAUAGUAAGAUCAACACGCCGGAGAAUGUGCCCCGGCUGUUUGAUCUAAUAAAGGUGGAGGAUGAGCGCGUGUUGCCGGCGUUUUACUAUGGUCUACAGGACACUCUAGUGGCGCAAGAUCUGGAUCAGGCGACGCGUAUCGCAUACGGGAGGACGCGUUACCGCGUGGUAACGCUGAAAGGUGAGCUAGUCGAGCUGUCGGGCACGAUGAGCGGCGGUGGACGAACGGUACUGCGCGGUCGAAUGGGUCAGAAGGUCGUGAGGGACGAGCCGACGAAUACCGACAUCGAGCGGCUGCAGUCAAACUUGGACGUCGUUUUCAAGGAGUGCAAUGAGGCGCGUACUCGGCAGCACACGCUGGAGAACCAGAUCCGCGUGCUGACGACGGCGUUGAAGGACUUGCGAGUGGAUGAAAAGAAAUUUAGCAUUGAGGUGAAAACACUGAGGGAGCAAGAACCAGCUCUGCAGGCACAGCUGAAGGAGCAGAAGAAGAAAGUCACUGAAUCGGUAUCGAAUCCUGAGAAGGUUGCGGAACUGAAGGAAGCUGUGCAGACGGCCAAAUCGCAUAUGGAGAAAGUAGAACAGUCCUCUGCCACGGUAGAAGAGGAAGUGGAGCGCAUCAACCGGAUGAUAAACGAGAUCUCGGGUCAUCGGGUACGCGAUCAGCAGGCCAAGAUCGCCAAACUGAACAAAUUGGUGGAAAAAACGAAGGCGGAAAUUUUUCGCUUGCAGGUAGACAUUAAAACUGCCGAGCGGAACGUUAAGAAGACGGAGAAGCACAUAGAGAGCCUGGAGAGCGACGUGCACACGUGUGAGCAACGAUUGAGAGACAUUCAGCAGAAGAAGUCUGAGUUGGAGGAACAGGCUAAAGAUAUAUUGGAGAAGCUGAAGGUUCUCAAUGAGGCGCUAGUGGAGCGCGAUACAGUCACGGCCUUGUUAAAGGAGGAAUUGAAUACUUUGCAGGCGCGCGAGGACAAGAUGAAGGCGACGAAGAUCGACCUGGACCAGAAACUCCAGGACAGCAAGAAGCUUCUCAAAGAGCUUCAACUAAUGAUCUCCGAGUACACUCGGAAGAUAGGCAAUCUGAAGCCUCACUUGAUUCCACGCGAGACGGAACAGUUGAGUCUGAAAGAUCUAACAGAGGAAGAGAUCAUUGCAUUGGACAUGGAGGUGGUACUGCGAAAUCUACAGAAGGUGAAGAAAAAAUUACCUCCCGAGGUGCCCAAUAUGAAUGUCAUUAAGGACUAUCACGAGAAGGAUGCUCUGUACAUAAACCGCGCAGCUGAUCUCGAGAAGGUGACUACGGAACGCAACCGGAUUCGCGACAUCUACGAGACGGCUAGGCGGCGUAGGACACGAGAAUUCUUGAAAGGCUUCAGCUUGAUCUCCAUGAAGUUGAAAGAAAUGUACCAGAUGAUGACGUUAAGCGGCGACGCGGAGCUGGAGCUGAUCGACUCGCUGGACCCGUUUAGCGAGGGCGUCGUUCUCAGCGUGCGUCCGCCCAAGAAGUCGUGGAAGAACAUCGAAAAUCUGAGCGGUGGCGAGAAGACCCUGAGCUCGCUCGCUCUGGUAUUUGCCUUGCACUAUUACAAACCCUCGCCGUUGUACUUUAUGGACGAGAUCGACGCGGCGCUCGACUUUAAGAACGUCUCGAUCAUCGGCAAUUACAUCAAGGAGCGUACGAAGAACACGCAAUUCAUCGUUAUUUCUUUGCGAUCGAACAUGUUCGAGCUGGCGGACUACCUGGUAGGCAUCUACAAGACGCACAAUUGUUCCCACUGCGUGACCUUGGACGUGGGCAAAUUGUACGACAAGAACGGCAUCGUGCCCCCCAUGCAGCCCACCUCGAAAAACGCGUACGCGACCCAAACGCAAAAGUCCAUGCAACAUAGCUGCCUGCCAGCCUCGCAGAGGGAGAGGAUCGAGAAAGCGCCACCCGUAACUACCAACAAUAACGCGAGGGGAAGGAAAGAUCACGAACCAACGAGAACUGAACAUUUGGACGUUACGAAUCCAGAGAACUACAGGACGCCGCAGAGGACUCUACGGUGCUCAAAAAGACGCAGCAGCGGUAGCAGUGGCAGUAACAAGUCCAGCAAAGAGCGAGAAACGAGAGUUAAGAAACCAUCGGCGAAGAAGAAGCGAAGACAGUGAUAAAUGAAUGUAAACGACUCUGAGAGCCGUUUGCGGACGAUAGUCACAAAGUUCGAGGUCGGAACUCACUGUCAAUUAUUUGUGAGUUAUCAAACAGAACAACUUUGUGUAACAAAAUAAAAAUAUGUAUAAAAAAGUGACUAAAAGCAGAAAAGAAGAUAAGAGGAAGAAAACGAAAGGACAGAGGGAUAUCGAAUCGUGAGAUCGAUGAAUUUACAUUCUCGUUUUUAGUGUUAAAGGUAACACGAAGUCACAACGGGGAUAAAAUAAGACCCACAUGCAGCGAUUGCGUAUCACUUGCGCGUUGUUGUGACGAUUAUACAUAUAUAUUAAUUGAUAGAUUCGAGCUAAGAAAUUAUUUGUAAUUAAAUUACUUACAUACGUGUCACCUCCGGUUAUCGCGCGAGAUUUCGUGUUUAAUUGCAAAUGUAAAAUAGCGGAAGUGACAUUUGUAUGACGCGAGGGGCCUGUUUAAUUAUAAAGUACGUUCUUCUGCGCCCUUUCCAUAUUCUUUUAUCUUGUUUCCGUUCAACAUAAUUCAACUAGUGUCUAUAUUUCUUUUAUCUGCGGCGGAAUGCAGCGCAGCUAGUAAGAACGUACGAUAACACGAGCGCUGCGAGUGCAUCUAGCAAUAUUUUUCUACAUUUCUAUAUAUAUGUCGCGAUAUUAAUAAUAAUCUAAAUUACGAAGAACAACGUUCAAUUUCAUCGCUCCUGGUGUGCAAAUCCGUCCUUGCUGCAUGUUCAACGUUUUAAUAAGAAGGGUGAUCGCGAAAGAACUAACUCAUACAGAUAUAUUUUGCUAUAUUUUUUACAUCGUGUGACUAAUACAAGUAUACGAAGAUGCGAUUUUAUAUAACAAGAAUUUUGUCAGUAUAUGAAAGAAAUCGUUUGAUGUCAUGAAUAUUACUGCUUAUUUUGACCAAAAGAUAACGCAAUCGGGAAUUAUU